AUGCACGGUCGUUUUGAUUUACGGUUAACUAUAUCAACCCGACGGAAGGAGGAAAUUCAAGACUUUAAGUUUCGCGCGCUGUCUUUGCUUCUUUCUCCUUUCAAGAAUCAAAGAAAAUCCCAUUUCAUGGCUUCGACGAGAGGCGAUCUUCCGCACUCCGAAACUGAAGCCGAGCAGGAACCACCGGACAAGACGGCGAAAACUAAUGACAAAGAUGAUACGGAGAAGAAGAAGCAGCGCGUGGUUCUCAAUCCUGCUGACUCCGACUUAGAUUUUAUUAUUGAAGAUGAUCUUAUAGGGUCAGCACGCCAUGAUCAGGGGUUUGCCUAUUGCUGGUCUGGUGCUCGUGCCAAUGUUGGAAUAACUGUAGGGAAGUAUUGUUUUGGCUGCAAAAUUCUUUCUACUCAACCAGUUGAAAUGGAAGGUACUCCCCCUCACCAGCAGCAUGUUUGCCGUCUCGGCAUUUCGAGGGGGGGUGUUGAAGUGGGAAGACUUGGUGAAACUAGAAACAGCUUUGGGUUUGAGGGCACAGGGAAGUUUUCUAAUGCUGAAAAUUUCUCUGUUUAUGGCGAAAAGUUUGGGGUUGGAGAGACAAUUGUUUGUGCGGUGGAUCUUGCGAGUAAGCCACUGGCUUCCAUUGGGUUUGUCAAGAAUGGGAAAUGGUUGGGUACUGCAAAGCAAUUUAAUACUGAUCCAGAGGAUCUUGGAGUGGUGGACUCCCCUCUUAGGAAGCUUCCAUGGAAAUCGGCUGUCUUUCCACAUGUUUUGUUAAAAAAUGUUGUUGUUCAAUUGCAAUUCAGUUUUGAAGAUGGAUUGGUUCCUGAAAAUGGCUAUAAGCCUUGGGCUUCUGCUUUUGAAGAUGGAAAUGUGAUUAAGGGACCGGAUUUUCACAGUGAGACAGACUGUGAAGUGAUGAUGAUGGUGGGAUUACAUGCGGCAGGCAAGACCACUUGGGCAAAGAAAUGGGUUAGAGAACAUCCUGAGAAGCGUUAUAUCUUUUUGGGAACAAAUCAGGCUCUGAAAAAAAUGAAGGUAUCUGUUUUUCUUCUGAGAACCUACGGUGAAAUACCGGAUCCCUGGACAGGUCUAGUAAGUCAAAUAUCUGAUUUCCUCAUAUCAAGGGCUGCCAAGAUACGUCGCAAUUAUGUUUUUGAUCAACUAAAUAACUGCAAGAGUAGACGCAAUCGUAAACUGGGACUAUUUGAGAGGUUUCGCAAGAUUGCGGUUGUGGUAUUCCCAAAACCAGAGGAGCUAAACCUACGUAUCGCUAAAAAAUUGGAAGGGACGGGAACGGGGUUACCAGCAGAUGAAGUAAAUAAUAUGCUAGCCAAAUAUACUUUACCUCUAACCAAGAAUAUGCCCGGUUCAGAUGAGUUAUUUGACGAGGUGAAAUUUGUUGAACUUGACAGGGGAGAGACACAGCGAUAUCUGGAUGAGAUGAAGCGUUCUGUUGAAUCUGCAUCUGUGUACUUAACUUACCCAGGGGUUCAAGCUUUACCUGAAGGUUAUCAGUUAUAUCAAGUUUCACAGCAACCAGUUCCUUAUUGGCCAUAUCUAUAUAAUGGAAGUAGUAGCAUUCCAGGGGAAAAUGUGUACUCAACUUACCCAGGUGUUCAAGCUUAUUCUGAAUGGUAUCAGGUAUAUCAAGUUCAACAGCAACCAGCUCCUUAUGGGCCUUCUCUACAUAAUGGAAGUAGUAGCAUUCCAAGGGAAAAUGUGUACUCAACUGACCCAGGGGUUCAAGCUUAUUCUGAAGGGUAUCAGGUAUAUCAAGUUCCACAGCAACCAGCUCCUUAUUGGCCUUAUCUAGAUAAUGGAAGUAGUAGCAUUCCAAGGGAAAAUGCUGGUUCCUUUGGGAGUUUUCAUCCUAUACCCGGUGAUGGAAGUAACCAUUAUCAGAGCCCCUAUAAUGGCGUGGAUAACAUUCAUGGCCGUCCCGCUAGCUCCUGUAGUAGUAGCAUGGUUGAACCUUCUCCGGUUAGAAGUGACUAUCAUGUUGGGCAAUGCAGCAGUGGUGGUGGCCUAGAACAUGCUAGUUUUCAAGCUCCAAGACCACCCAUAUUUGAGCAGAGUCCUCCGCCUUCCACAGAUGGUAGUUAUUCUAAUUUCUUUUGCAGAGACUGUUAG